GAACCCACCCCCAAAUAUCUUCUAUGAUACAAAUACCACAAAACAAAACUCACCCUGUGCACAAGUCCCAACCUAAACCCGCGUCUCUUCACUCUUCAAUUCAAUGGCUUCCACGCCCUUCUCCACUUUCUGCCACUUCCACAAACCCACCCUCCUUUUCUUAGCUUCCGACGGGUUCAGGCUCGGUGGCGCUCCGGCGAUCGCCUUCGGAAAGGUUCGGAAGAACCGCAAAAUGGGAAUAUUCCCCGUUUGCAGAGCUGGUUCUGCCGUCGUCUUCCGCGACCUCGACGCCGACGACUUUCGCCACCCUCUUGAUCAACAGAAUACGCUGCUACUGAGAGCAAUUCCGGGAUUGAACGAACUGGGAAAAGCUCUUCUAGGAACUGUAUCUGAGCAGGUUAUGCUCCUUGAAAACAUUGGGACAUCCGUCCUUGUUUCUAAAAAUCAGCUUCCUGAUCUUUACCACCUAAUGGUCGAAGCUGCCGAAAUAUUAAAUGUAGAUGCCCCUGAUCUAUAUGUUCGUCAAAGUCCUGUGCCAAAUGCAUAUACAUUAGCUAUAAGUGGUAAACGACCUUUCGUUGUCAUUCAUACUAGCCUUGUGGAGCUCCUGACAAAAGCAGAGUUGCAGGCUGUUUUGGCUCAUGAGCUGGGUCACCUAAAAUGUGAUCAUGGUGUGUGGCUUACAUAUGCAAAUAUUCUAACCCUUGGAGCCUAUUCUGUACCUGGUAUUGGCGGUAUGAUAGCUCAGACUUUGGAAGAGCAGCUGUUCCGCUGGCUUCGAGCAGCUGAGUUGACUUGUGAUCGUGCAGCUCUUCUUGUUGCUCAAGACCCUAAGGUUGUCAUCUCUGUCCUCAUGAAAUUAGCUGGGGGAUGUCCAUCUAUGGCUGAUCAACUAAAUGUGGAUGCAUUCCUGGAGCAAGCUCGCUCUUAUGAAAAAGCUGCUUCCAGCCCAAUUGGGUGGUAUAUAAGGAAUGCACAAACAAGGCAACUGUCACAUCCUCUGCCUGUUCUACGUGCUAGCGAAAUUGAUGAAUGGUCAAGAACUCCAGCUUAUAAAUCUCUUUUGAAACGAGGAAUUCAGAUCAAAUCUUAGAACGAAAUGUCUAGCAGUGCAUGCAUGGAAUUUGUUGAAAGUGCACAGCAGCUCAAGGUUCUUCAAGUUAGUGCGUGGUGGCAGAUGUUCAAAUGGUUUCAGGCGGAAGUAGCAUUUAUUAUGCAUCUAUCUACGGCUGCUGCAAACGUGUAUGUAUUCACUGUGUUAUAUUAGUCAACCUGUAAGUAGAAUUUUGGUGAGUUGGAUUAUUAUUUCAUAGAAAUAUUGGUUCUGGAAAGAAAAGAAUUACCUGUACAAUUCUAGCUUAGAAAAUUUCUCGGAGUAGAAAACACUAUUAUGUAAGUUUUAUGACCGAAAAUUUUUAUUUGUUGUAUUUUACACUAUAAGCUAAGCUCUUUUUGAAUAGUACUAAAACAUUGACUGUUUCCAA